CUUUGAUUUUAAUGUUUUCAGAAAAAGAUCUUACCAUCGUGAAGCAUGAUGAAAACACAUACAAAUUAUUUCGCCGAUUGACUCUUCCACAACUGCAGAGUAUAGUGGCACAGUGGUUCGAUACACCUGACCUAGCACCUACCAAUAGACGUUCUACGUUUGAGGCUUACACUGCAGACAAAAUCACAAAAUCAGACAUAGUAGAGUUAAUACUCAAUAAAGAUUGGCCUCAAGGUUUGCGCGCUGUGCAGAUUGCUUAUUUGGAUACGAAAGGUGCUAUUUUAAACAAAAGAAUAAGAAGAUGGACUGUUAUCAAAGUUUUAAAAAGUAAGGUGAAACGUGUUUAAGAGAAAUGAAAAAUAUGCGCAACUAACGACUUAAUAUCUAAUGUUUAUGCUGGCAAAAGAAAAUAAUGGUAAGCUAAGGCUUAACCGAGAAGCGUCCAAAAUUCAGGAAUCAAUGGAAGAUUUCUUGUCACAAUUUUAUAACUGUUAUCUGUACACUAUGUUUGAUAAAAAGACAAAGCUUUAUUGGACACGAAUUCAACUUUCUCAGCUUGACGAUAUUCAAGUCUCUGCCAAAGCUCGUACUCAAACCGUAGGCUACAUGGUCUAUUAUCCUCAAUCAGAAUAUGUAAUGUAUACCGGUCCAUUUUAUACCAGCGACCAAACGAGUCUUAAAGAAGCUGUUUUGGAAACAUUUCAUGGCGACAGGUUGCAAAUUCAAACUCUUAAAAGUGAUGCUGUGCAGUACUUGCAACAUGUGGUUUAUGACAAGCGAUCAAAAGAGCAAUUUGCUCAUUUAUUGAUUCAACAGCAGCAACAACAAUUACAAGCGCAGUAUGACGAUGAAGAAGAAGAAAUGGAUAACGGGAGCGAGGGAGCUAAAGACGGCCUGAAAAUAUCAUACAACAGUCUAUCCUCUAAUCCACUGGAUAUUCGACAAAGACAAGAUCCUGCGUUAUCACUACUUCACAAUGAAUGGGACAUUGAAAGCGGUAUAGAUCGGGAAAAACGGUUAUCGAGCGAACGAAGGAAGCGUAUCAAACACCUUACCGAUGAAAAAGAAGGAAAAGAGCGUAUUCGCCAAGUGCUGCAAAACUUUGGAUUCGGGCAGUUUUAUGGGUCGACAGAGUUGGAUAUUGAUGUAGAACUACCGUUUGACUAUGACGAUGAUGAAGCGGCACCACAGCGACCACCGCAAACACCAGAUUCAGAUACUAUGUCAAUGGACAUAGACGAAGCUGACAAUGAAAAGGAUCACUCCCAUGACCCUGAUACCUCGAAUACCACUAGCACCUCAAACGCCAAUGGUCGACUCAAACAUAAACCACUCAUUCAUUUUCACGUCGGAUUGAAAGGUGAGAAUAUACCCCACGGUAUCAGGAACAUGAUCAGAAAAGGUCAUCUAGGCCCUGAAAUGCCUUCAUGGUUAAUCGAUAUUGGGAUCACCAGUGCAACCAAAUUUUAUGUAAAUGAAGAAGGUGUGAAGGAACUGAACGGUCUUGAGGAAGAAGAAGUAGAGGACGACGAUAAUAAAGAAGAGGAACGGGAUCAUCAUGAAGAACAGGAACACACUGCUUCGGAGGAUUACCUAGCUAAUUCUGAUCGAAUAAAUAAUGAUGAACAAGAACAACGAACAGAAGAAGAAAUGCAGCAAGACACAGUGUAGUCCAAUUACAGCAGAAGAAAACGAGGUCAUUAAGGAUAUAAAAACACUUAGAACGGCAAUGGCCAUGAUGAAACACUAUAAUAAAUGAC